AUGAUAUUAAUUCAACUUAUUCCAAAACAUAUUAUUCAUAUUGAUGACAAGAUGAUUGAAACAGUCACAGAAACUAUAAUAACACAUUAUAAAUUUGAUGAUGAAGCAUUAGAAGAGUCCCAAUUGAAAUCUGAAAUAGAACUGUGGAAAGAAAAAUGGAACAGAAUAAAAAGUGAAGAUGGAAUUGUUCUUAAUGAUGCAUUAGCAUCUAUGGACCAGUGUAAUGAAAUAUUAUACCCAAAUAUUAAAAAAAUACUACAUAUUAUUGCUUGCUUGCCUGUUUCUGUAGCUUCUGCUGAGCGUAGUUUCUCAACAUUAAGAAGAUUAAAAACUUGGUUAAGGUCAAACAUGGGUGAAGAACGCUUGGUUGGAUUAGCUUUGCUUAAUAUUCAUAGGCAUAGAACAGUUGAAGUUGACGAAGUUAUUAAUUUAUUUGCUGGCAGUAAAAAAAGAAAUUUAGAUUUUGUUAUAUGA